GUAAUUUGUGCUUUUAUUUUGAAAAAGAAAAAAACGAACGUACCGGAAAAGAUUCCUCAUAGGUGCGGAUGCAAAGAUGGCGGAAGAAGAAAGCCAGUUUGAAGAAUUUGAGCAAAUAGACUUUUUAAGAGAUAGACAUGUACGAUUCUUUCAGAGAACGCUUCAAGUAUUACCUGAAAGAUACGCCUCCCUGGAAACAACCAGGUUGACCAUUAUAUUUUUUGCCCUUUCUGGUCUGGAUGUGCUUGACGCCCUGGAUAUGAUCGAUAGGAACAUGAUGAUUGAGUGGAUUUAUUCGCUACAGGUUCUACCCACAGAGGACCAAUCAAACCUAAGUCGCUGUGGGUUUCGAGGAUCGUCACAUAUUGGAAUUCCUUACACAACAAAGGGCCCAGGGGUGCUCCAUCCAUAUGACAGUGGCCAUGUGGCCAUGACCUACACUGGCCUGUGCUCACUGCUGAUACUGGGAGACGACCUGAGCCGAGUAAAUAAGCAGGCCUGUCUAGCUGGUCUCAGAGCACUGCAGCUAGAGGACGGCAGUUUCUAUGCAGUACCAGAGGGAAGUGAAAAUGACAUACGCUUUAUCUACUGUGCAGCUAGCAUCUGUUACAUGCUGGAUGACUGGUCAGGAAUGGACAUCCAGAAAGCCAUCGACUACAUUAGAGGAAGUUUGUCAUACGACAACGGGUUUGGCCAAGGAGCUGGUCGGGAGUCACAUGGUGGGUGGACAUACUGCGCCAUUGCAUCCCUGUGUCUGAUGGGCCGACUAGAAGAGGCUCUGAGUCAGAGGGAGCUGGACCGGAUCAGGCGCUGGUGCAUCAUGAGACAGCAGAGUGGUUUCCACGGACGACCCAACAAACCUGUAGACACAUGCUAUUCCUUUUGGGUGGGAGCCACAUUAGAGUUGUUAGACGUAUUCCAGUACACAAACUUUGACAGGAACAGGAGCUUCAUCUUGUCCACGCAGGAUCGACUGGUCGGAGGCUUUGCCAAGUGGCCGGACAGCCAUCCAGACCCUCUUCAUGCCUACUUAGGUCUCUGUGGCCUGUCUCUGAUCGGCGAGCCCAGUCUGAGGAAGGUCCACCCAGCUCUUAACAUCACCCAGAGAGCCUUUCAGCACCUCCAGCAGCUGCAGCAGACAUGGAGGGACAGCAGUGGCAGCUGCCUCAGACAGCACUGACAGCAGGAGGACCUACAGCUCUGGUUCAGUAACCGGGAACGUCUUCCUGUAGUCAGUCAAAGGUUAACUGGAAUCGCUGUGUUGAAGACAUUUGAUGGCUCAUUCAAGAGGCCUCCUCAUUUCAGGAUCAGGAAGGUUUUAAGCCUCCAGUGAAGUCCAUCGAAAAGGACUUAGAGUUAAAUAAUAUAAGCCACACUUGUUUUGCUGCCUUUUACUAGUAAACAAUAGUAAAUAAUUUUGCGUUGGGGUUUGACAAAAUGAAAUAAUGUGCCAGAAAGUCAAAUUUGAGUCACUGGAGACUUGAACAAAUUCCACUCGACUCAAUUUUGCAACAUUUUCAUUAAACAAUGACAUUUUCGGAGCUGCUCCUACUGCUGCUUUUUAGCCUCAUCAUAAUCUACAACAUACUCUGCUGUAAACUCUCCUAGCCAAGGAUGAACAACACUGACUCACUUCACGUGGACAGAAGGCAGCAUCCUCCAAAACAGCGUAACUCACUCUCUGAAGGGAGGACCCCAAGGUGGGCUUAGAGAACAUCAAAGUGAAGGGAAUGGUUUUGGAUUAACUCCUGGCUUCAGUAGCUGGAGGUUUUUGAGUGCUCUAAUUUUUUUUUUUUUUUUUUUGCCAAUCUAGAAGCUGUACUUUUGCCAUUGCUGAAUAAUGAUAUGCCUUUUUUUUUUUUUUUUUUUUAGAAAAAGUAAAUAAAUUAGCAAAUUGAUUUUCAUUUUGGUUCACCAAUACAAAUAUUUAUAUAUCUAUUGGAAAAAUAUUCAUGCUUUUGAAGAUCAGUACCCCAUGGUCUUUAGAAGAAUCACUCUAGACGGCACUGUGCUCCAUAUGUCUGAUAUUUUUCAGCCUGUCUACCUUUCUAAUAUUUCAAUCCCUGCACUGCUGUUGAACUUCUUCAAAGCCUUGAGCUCUCUAGUCCCAAAGGUGAGAGCAGCCUGGCAAUUUUACUCUCCUGAGUCUCUCACUUCAGCCUCCUCCAGCUUCACCACUGCAGGCUUUGUUUAGUGAUUUAAAGAGAUGAAAACCACAAGCUGAGGUAAAAUUCACACAGAGCCAACAACCACCUUAAGGGGCACAUCUAUGGAGGAAGUCAAAACGGAUUAAAAACGAGCCCUUAUCUCUGCAAGUCACAGAAAAUAUUAUUUAUUCUCUAUAAUUGUCCUAAGGCUGAGAGAAGCAACAACUGAGCUACUUAAGGAGAGAACACAGGGCACUGGCCAGCCCCAAAUCAAUAGAAGACAGAGGAGACUGUGGCAUCAUAACUGAUGAAACACAUUCCUUUUUCAACAGCAGAUGGUAUCGAUGUGUUAUUUUCGGAACACAAAGGAGGCAGGGCGAAAACAAAGAACAAUGCACACGAGCAGAAGCCGCCACUGAGAGUCAAAUGACAGAAUCGUUUGUCCUGGUUAUUCUCUGAAAUGUUCAUUUUACACAAGACUUGACUCGAACAGUCUUUGUAACCCGACCGUCUGACCCUCCAGGAGCAUCUACACGGAGCUCACAGGCGCUAAAAGCCUCUUUCCAGCAGCUAGAAGUGAUAGUUUUCAUUUCUAAAUGGAUUCACUUGAGUUUUUAAUUAAACGCUGCCUGCUUUCUUUGCUUUGUCUUUCCCGGAUGCCCGGCUAUCACCAUUUACAGUUUCAUGGAUUCGCUCCCAUCGAAGCCACACCCUUUCAUAUUCAGACACCUGCUCACUGAGCGAGGAUGAGACAAUAUCACAGCAGGUGGGAAAUACAAGGAACAGCCUGCAACAUGUGACCUGCAGGAGUCUGCCGUCUCGUUCACACUGCGCAUGUGUGGCCAUGGAAUCGCCAGGGUGUGAAAAUACUGCUGCCUUCCAAUUUUCUUUCUGCCACCUUAAAAUGAAGCCGUACCUGGUCUUGCCUCCGUUCCCGCCAAGCUGUCCUCCUUUUCAGAAUUAGAAACCAGACCAGGCCGACACAGGAUAGGAGAGGUGAAUAAAUAAAACAUAAAAGGCAUCUAUUAUUCAAAGUAAACUGACGGUGGCUGCAAUCUCCCCCAGUGUUUUUAACCCUGUUUUGGUGCAAGAACAUUUGUUUUUGUUGUGGGUUUUUUUUGCCAAAUGCCGCUUGUAUAUCUGUAUUUUCUAUCACUUUUUUUGCCUGAGACAUUAAUGUUUGCUCUAGUGAUUUCCUUUCUCUACUCUUCCAUCAAAUUGUGUCUAUUACCACUAUCGCACCUUUUCCUUUUGUAUCCUCAUAAAUUGUUCAUAGUAAUUUUACAUUAGGGAAAUUGUAAGUAUUAUUUUUAUUAUUUUAAGUGGGAGCACAAAGCCUGUUGUAAAAUACAGAUGGGUGAUAAAUUUAAGGAAAAUCCUGAUGGGAGUGGUCUCCUCCAGGAUAACAAUGCCCCCAUCCAUAAAGCAUGACCCACUGAAUGGUCUGAUGAGUAUGAAAAUGGAGUGAAAACUCUGUGGCCUUUCAGUCACCAGAUCUCAGCCCAGCUUUGUGCACCUAUUAGACUGUGAUAACCCUCAAUUGAGGGGGUGGUGUUCAGCCUCAUGUUGGGUCAACCCCAUACUAAGACACUUUAUGUUUUCCUUUAAUUUGUCCCUCAUUUCUAUGUGUAUUUUGUUUGACUUGCGUUAAAUACGAGUGGUUUUGGGUCUAAGACACUGCAGGAAAAGAACUGCUGCUGCUGCACUGUGGAGCCUGAUCAAUUGGAAUUGAGUUAGUUUGUCUCUCAUGCAUCUUCAGAAGUGACAUGUACAUCUUAGAGCUUCCCACCAUGUCAAGCAGCAAAACCACUCCCUCAAACUUAACAUGUGCCUCACAUAGAUUAGCAUUAUUUUGGGUCACUGCACAUUUAUUUGUUAUAUAUGUCUUCUGAUUGCAUCUACAGCUAAAAUUGGGCUCUGCUAGUUUAGGUUUAUUUUAAGGCCUUCUAAUAGAGGGAUGGUGUUUUCCAAAUCUGCAUUUCUUCUGUAAACCCCCUCCACCCCCACCACCCUGCUUUAGCAAGCCCACUUAUUAAAUCAGACCUAAGCUGCCUGGUAGAAUUCAUUUUAAUAGAAUCGGGCUCUGUCGUGUCAUGACCGAUCGAUGAAUUUCCACAAGGAAGCAAGUAAUUCAUGGAGACAGAACCCAUAAAUGCUUACUCGACUCUUAAAAAGCAUGAAAUAUGGGAUGGGUAGACCUGCCUCUUACAGCAGAUGAAGGCUGCAUGUCAGCAGUUGUCAUUGCUGUUGUACUGCGUCUCCUUUCUGCCAUAUCACACUGCAGUCACGGUUCUCAGUCCCACAGCAUGUAAAAAGGGGGCCGAGGUUUUGUGCCUCAAGGGGUCAAACCCUCGCUCUGUCAUCAACUAAUAUACAUACUGUAAUAUUGUAACUAUAAAUGUAAUGGAAUUUAUUUUUUCUAUGCUUUGUAGAAAUAUUGAGUGUAGAUAAAUAUGUAAAUGUCUAUAAAUAUGUGACUACAAUUGUGAAAGUGCUCAAGAUGGGAAAAAAAAAAUGUUUACAGCUAAAUCACUGAGGCAGGUAGAAGAAACGGAUAUGCAGAUGUUCAUAUGUGGUGUUUAAGUCUACGUCACCGUUGGAUUUGAAGACGGUGAUAUGGAUACUGGCUUUGGCAGUACAUACUGUAUUUAUGGUAAAUAAAAGCACCUACUAACUUUUA